AUGGGAGGCCAAACCAAGGGCAAAAAGAAGAACAAAGCCAAGAGGAAAGAUCCGCGCUCUAACGGAGGUAUGUGACGUAUCUAACGCGUUAGCUAGAUCGCUAUAAAGGACAACUAGUGUUGUCUAUGUGUGAUAUCUGUAAUAUCAUGUGUGAUAACUACAGUGCCUUCAGAAAGUAUUCAUACCGCUUGACUUAUUCCAUAUUUUGUUGUCUUACAGCCGGAAUUCAAAAUUGAUUAAAUAUUUUUUUCCUCUCCCAUCUACACACAAUACCAAAUCAAAUGUAUUUAUAAAGCCCUUUUUAUAUCAGCAGUGCUUAUACAGAAACCCAGCCUAAAACCCCAAACAGCAAACAAUGCAGAUGUAGAAGAACGGUGGCUAGGAAAAACUCCCUAGAAAGGCAGGAACCUAGGAAGAAACCUAUAGAGCAGGGGUGUCAAACAUACGGCCCGCGGGCCGGAUCAGGCCCGCAAACGGGUUUAAUCCGGCCCGCGAGAUGAUUUUGAAUAAUAAAAAAAAAAAAAAAUUAUUUUUAUUUUUUAUUUUUAUUAAAGUAUAAAAAUGCGCUGCAAUUUUUCAAUAAAAUAAACUGCUGUUCCAAUUGAGUCCACUGGAUGGCGCAAUAGCAAUUGUGUUAAGCAAGCAAACUGUUUAUACCGGGGCAGAGCAAGUAGGUCAAGCACGUGCAGCCAAUGAGCUACUUUGUUUUGCCCUCGAUAUUUAUUACGGCUUCUACUUUUAACAUUAUGUGCUUUGGCACCCUCAUUGCCCCAAUAUGUCUCUGUCAAAAAAGUGAAAAGUGGACGCAGAGUGUUCCAAGAAAAAUGGUCGUCCUAUUUAAUCACGGAAUUGAAUGGGAAAGCUGUAUGUUUGGUGUGUUCAGAGCAUGUUGCAGUGCUGAAAGAAUAUAACCUUCGUAGCAACUAUGUGAGUCUUCAUGCCGACAAAUAUGACAACUUUCAAGGACAGCGGAGAUGAGAGAAGGUGAAUGAACUGUUGGCGGGUCUGAAGAAACAGCAGUCUGUGUUUACUCACAGCCGAGACAUCAGUGACGCUGCAGUGAAAGCUAGCUACCUCAUUGCUAAUGAAAUCGCAGUGGCUUCAAAACCAUUUAGUGAGGGUGAAUUUGUAAAAACAUGCAUGAUGAAGGCAGCGGAGAUUGUGUGCCCUGAAAAGCGGCAGGCUUUUGCAAAUAUCAGCCUGACAAGAAACACAGUUGCAGACAGGAUUUCCGAUCUUUCAGUGGAUUUGGACAGCCAGUUGAAGCAAAAAGUAAAGUCAUUUAUUGCGUUUUCGGUUGCAAUUGAUGAAAGCACGGACAUUACAGAUGUUGCACAACUGGCCAUUUUUUCAUCCGCGGAGUUGAUGACACAUUGACCGUCACCGAGGAGUUUGUGGAGUUGGUGCCGAUGACAGAUACAACGACAGCAGCUGAUAUUUUUACCGCACUCGUCGGCGCGCUGGACAGGGUCGGAGUGGACUGGUCCCGCGCUGUCAGCCUGGCUACAGAUGGUGCGCCCUCAAUGAUCGGGAAAAAAGCAGGCGUUGUGACAAAGUUCAGAGAGAAAGUGCAAUCUGCAAAUGGAGGACGUGAUUUUUUGACUUUUCACUGUAUUUUGCACCAGGAGGCUUUGUGUUGCAACUCAUUAAAGAUGGAUAACGUCAUGAAGGUGGUCAUCCAAACUGUUAAUUUCAUCCGAUCCAGAAGCCUGAAUCACCGUCAGUUUGACAGCCUUCUCAGAGAGAAAGACCACAUCUAUGGCCUGCCAUACCACACUGAGGUAAUAUGGUUAAGCCGAGGUGCUGUGCUGAGGCGUUUCUUUGAUUUACGAGAAGAAAUUGAACAGUUCAUGAAAGAAAAGGGCAAACCAGUGUUAGAAUUUCAUUCCGCAGAAUGGAUGCCGGACCUUGCAUUUAUGGUGGAUGUUACAGAGCACCUGAAUAACUUGAACAAACAGCUGCAAGGGCGCAACAAAGUUGUCACGCAGUAUUAUGACAGCAUACGUUCUUUCAAGUUGAAGCUGUCAUUGUGGGAGACGCAACUUGCCGGUGGUGAUGCAGCUCACUUCCCCUGUCUGAAAAAUGUGUGCGCGACCCAAUAUGUGGCAGACAUGAAGCGGUUCAAAGAUAAAAUAACUGGACUGUUACGGGAGUUUGAGCAACGCUUUCAGAUUUAUGUUUAUAUGUUUUUAUGUUGAUGUGCUAUUGUUUUUAAUUGAUUUUAUUUUAUUUGUAUAUUUAACCUAUUCUUGACUCUGUGGUUCUUGCACUUGUUUGGGGAACAGGAUUUCAUUAUUUUUAUCUACAUUUCUGCCUGAGAAAUGACACCCUGAUAUAGUUCUGUGAUCUGUGAAACAGUUCUGUUAAUCACUGAGGCAUUGUGUGUUUGUGUGUUCUUUUUCUUUAGAAUUUUCAAAUAAACUUGACGUGUUUUAUGAUUAAUAGUGAUGUUGUGCUUGUACUAUUUUGGACACACUGUCCUCAGGCUCCAGCUUUAUGUUGUAUGUUGAUCGUAUUAAAACAAAGGAAACAAUCUGAAGUUGUUGUUUUUAAGUUAUAUAUACCAUGAUUUUUCCGGUCCGGCCCACUUGGGAAUAGAUUUUCCUCCAUGUGGCCCCUGAGCUAAAAUGAGUUUGACACCCCUGCUAUAGAGGAACCAGGCUCUGAGGGGUGGCCAGUCCUUUUCUGGUGGUGCUGGGUGGAGAUUAUAAGAGUACAUAGCCAGUAAGGCCAGAUUGUUCUUCAAGAUGUUCAAAUGUUCAUAGAUGACCAGCAGGGUCAAAUAAUAAUCACAGUGGUUGUAGAGGGUGCAACAGGUCAGUACCUCAGGAAUAAAUGUCAGUUGGCUUUUCAUAGCCGAGCAUUCAGAGGUCGAGACAGCAAGUCUGGGACAAGGUACAGUAGCAAGUCCGGUGAACAGGUCAGGGUUCCAUAGCUAAAGGCAGAACAGUUGAAACUGGAGCAGCAGCACGACCUGGUGGACUGGGGACAACCAGGAGUCAUCAGGCCAGGUAGUCCUGAGGCAUGGUCCUAGGGCUCAGGUCUUCCGGGAGGGGAGGAAGAGAGAGAUAAUUAGAGGGAGCAUACAUAAAUCCACACAGGACACAAGAUAAGACAGGAGAAUUACACCAGAUAUAACAGACUGACCCUAGACCCCGGCCCAUAGACUAUUGCAGCAUAGAUACUGGAGGCUGAGACGGGGGGGUCGGGGGACACUGGCCCCUUCAGACGAUACCCCCGGACAGGGCCAACCAGGCAGGAUAUAACCCCACCCGCUUUGCCAAAGCACAGCCCCCAAACCACUAGAGCAGGGGUGUCAAACUCAUUUUAGCUCAGGGGCCACAUGGAGGAAAAUCUAUUCCCAAGUGGGCCGGACCGGAAAAAUCAUGGUAUAUAUAACUUAAAAACAACAACUUCAGAUUGUUUCCUUUGUUUUAAUACGAUCAACAUACAACAUAAAGCUGGAGCCUGAGGACAGUGUGUCCAAAAUAGUACAAGCACAACAUCACUAUUAAUCAUAAAACACGUCAAGUUUAUUUGAAAAUUCUAAAGAAAAAGAACACACAAACACACAAUGCCUCAGUGAUUAACAGAACUGUUUCACAGAUCACAGAACUAUAUCAGGGUGUCAUUUCUCAGGCAGAAAUGUAGAUAAAAAUAAUGAAAUCCUGUUCCCCAAACAAGUGCAAGAACCACAGAGUCAAGAAUAGGUUAAAUAUACAAAUAAAAUAAAAUCAAUUAAAAACAAUAGCACAUCAACAUAAAAACAUAUAAACAUAAAUCUGAAAGCGUUGCUCAAACUCCCGUAACAGUCCAGUUAUUUUAUCUUUGAACCGCUUCAUGUCUGCCACAUAUUGGGUCGCGCACACAUUUUUCAGACAGGGGAAGUGAGCUGCAUCACCACCGGCAAGUUGCGUCUCCCACAAUGACAGCUUCAACUUGAAAGAACGUAUGCUGUCAUAAUACUGCGUGACAACUUUGUUGCGCCCUUGCAGCUGUUUGUUCAAGUUAUUCAGGUGCUCUGUAACAUCCACCAUAAAUGCAAGGUCCGGCAUCCAUUCUGCGGAAUGAAAUUCUAACACUGGUUUGCCCUUUUCUUUCAUGAACUGUUCAAUUUCUUCUCGUAAAUCAAAGAAACGCCUCAGCACAGCACCUCGGCUUAACCAUAUUACCUCAGUGUGGUAUGGCAGGCCAUAGAUGUGGUCUUUCUCUCUGAGAAGGCUGUCAAACUGACGGUGAUUCAGGCUUCUGGAUCGGAUGAAAUUAACAGUUUGGAUGACCACCUUCAUGACGUUAUCCAUCUUUAAUGAGUUGCAACACAAAGCCUCCUGGUGCAAAAUACAGUGAAAAGUCAAAAAAUCACGUCCUCCAUUUGCAGAUUGCACUUUCUCUCUGAACUUUGUCACAACGCCUGCUUUUUUCCCGAUCAUUGAGGGCGCACCAUCUGUAGCCAGGCUGACAGCGCGGGACCAGUCCACUCCGACCCUGUCCAGCGCGCCGACGAGUGCGGUAAAAAUAUCAGCUGCUGUCGUUGUAUCGGUCAUCGGCACCAACUCCACAAACUCCUCGGUGACGGUCAAUGUGUCAUCAACUCCGCGGAUGAAAAAAUGGCCAGUUGUGCAACAUCUGUAAUGUCCGUGCUUUCAUCAAUUGCAACCGAAAACGCAAUAAAUGACUUUACUUUUUGCUUCAACUGGCUGUCCAAAUCCACUGAAAGAUCGGAAAUCCUGUCUGCAACUGUGUUUCUUGUCAGGCUGAUAUUUGCAAAAGCCUGCCGCUUUUCAGGGCACACAAUCUCCGCUGCCUUCAUCAUGCAUGUUUUUACAAAUUCACCCUCACUAAAUGGUUUUGAAGCCACUGCGAUUUCAUUAGCAAUGAGGUAGCUAGCUUUCACUGCAGCGUCACUGAUGUCUCGGCUGUGAGUAAACACAGACUGCUGUUUCUUCAGACCCGCCAACAGUUCAUUCACCUUCUCUCAUCUCCGCUGUCCUUGAAAGUUGUCAUAUUUGUCGGCAUGAAGACUCACAUAGUUGCUACGAAGGUUAUAUUCUUUCAGCACUGCAACAUGCUCUGAACACACCAAACAUACAGCUUUCCCAUUCAAUUCCGUGAUUAAAUAGGACGACCAUUUUUCUUGGAACACUCUGCGUCCACUUUUCACUUUUUUGACAGAGACAUAUUGGGGCAAUGAGGGUGCCAAAGCACAUAAUGUUAAAAGUAGAAGCCGUAAUAAAUAUCGAGGGCAAAACAAAGUAGCUCAUUGGCUGCACGUGCUUGACCUACUUGCUCUGCCCCGGUAUAAACAGUUUGCUUGCUUAACACAAUUGCUAUUGCGCCAUCCAGUGGACUCAAUUGGAACAGCAGUUUAUUUUAUUGAAAAAUUGCAGCGCAUUUUUAUACUUUAAUAAAAAUAAAAAAUAUUUUUUUAUUUUUUUAUUUUUUAUUAUUCAAAAUCAUCUCGCGGGCCGGAUUAAACCCGUUUGCGGGCCUGAUCCGGCCCGCGGGCCGUAUGUUUGACACCCCUGCACUAGAGGGAUCAUCAACAGACCACCAACUUACUACCCAGAGAUACCCCAUAAUGACAAAGUGAAAACAUGUUUUUAGAAGAAAAAUAAAAUAAUGAAAUACAGAUAUAUAUAAUUUACAUAAGUAUUCACACACCUGAGUCACCUUUGGUAUCGAUUACAGCUGUGAGUCUUUCUGGGUAAGUCUCAAAGUGCUUUCCACACCUGGAUUGUGCAACAUUUGGCCAUUAUUCUUGAAAAAAAUAUUCAUGUUCUGUCAAAUUGGUUAUUGAUCUUUGCUAGACAACCAUUUGCAGGUCUUGCCAUAGAUUUAAGUCAAAACUGUAACUCGGCCACUUAGGAACAUUCACUGUCUUCUUGGUAAGCAACCCCAGUGUAGAUUUGGCCUUGUGUUUUGUGGUUAUCCUGCUGAAUGGUGAUUUCAUCUCCCAGUGUCUGGUGGAAAGCAGUCUGAACCAGGUUUUUCUCUAGGACUUUGCCUGUGCUUUGCUCCAUUUGGUUUAUUUUUUUAUUCUCCCCAGUCCUUAACGAUUACAAGCAUACCCAUAACAUGAUGCAGCCACCACUAUGCUUGAAAAUAUGAAGAGUGGUACUCAGUAAUGUGUUUUAUUGGAUUUGUCCCAAACAUAACACUUUCUUUGCCACAUUUUUUGCAGUAUUACUUUAGUGCCUUGUUGCAAACAGAAUGCAUGUUUUGGAAUAUUUGUAUUCUGUACAGGCUUUCUUCUUUUCACUCUGUCAAUUAGGUUAGUAUUGUGGAGUGUUUGUGGGCCUAUGUAGCUAAGUGUUUAUCUAUGAUCGAAUGCUAUCCAUGUUUUUUGUAUGUUCUGUUUAUCUGUGAAUUAACCAAUGCUAUUAGGCCACACCCGGCCAUGAUUACAGACACCUGCGUGUGUCCUUUGACACUAUAUAAACUAGUGACCCGCAGUGUUUGUCAUUAUACCCUGAUGAAGACAGCUUGUCUUUCGAAACGUUGGUUAUUAGGAUAUUAAAUUAUUGCAUCUGAGCUCCUAGAGCAGGGGUGUCAAACUCAUUUUAGCUCAGGGGCCACAUUGAGGAAAAUCCAUUCCCAAGUGGGCCGGACCGGAAAAAUCAUGGUAUAUAUAACUUAAAAACAACAACUUCAGAUUGUUUUCUUUGUUUUAAUACGAUCAACAUACAACAUAAAGCUGGAGCCUGAGGACAGUGUGUCCAAAAUAGUACAAGCACAACAUCACUAUUAAUCAUAAAACACGUCAAGUUUAUUUGAAAAUUCUAAAGAAAAAGAACACACAAACACACAAUGCCUCAGUGAUUAACAGAACUGUUUCACAGAUCACAGAACUAUAUCAGGGUGUCAUUUCUCAGGCAGAAAUGUAGAUAAAAAUAAUGAAAUCCUGUUCCCCAAACAAGUGCAAGAACCACAGAGUCAAGAAUAGGUUAAAUAUACAAAUAAAAUAAAAACAAUUAAAAACAAUAGCACAUCAACAUAACAUAUAAACAUAAAGCUGGAGCCUGAGGACAGUGUCCAAAAGCACAACAUCACUAUUAAUCAUAACACCUCAAGUUAUUUGAAAGUUCUGAGGACAAAGAACACACAAACACACAAUGCCUCAGUGAUUCACAGAAGUAUAUCACAGAUCACAGAACUAUAUCAGGGUGUCAUUUCUCAGGCAGAAAUGUAGAUAAAAAUAAUGAAAUCCUGUUCCCCAAACAAGUGCAAGAACCACAGAGUCAAGAAUAGGUUAAAUAUACAAAUAAAAUAAAAUCAAUUAAAAACAAUAGCACAUCAACAUAAAAACAUAUAAACAUAAAUCUGAAAGCGUUGCUCAAACUGCCGUAACAGUCCCGUUAUUUUAUCUUUGAACCGCUUCAUGUCUGCCACAUGUUGGGUCGCGCACACAUUUUUCAGACAGGGGAAGUGAGCUGCAUCACCACCGGCAAGUUGCGUCUCCCACAAUGACAGCUUCAACUUGAAAGAACGUAUGCUGUCAUAAUACUGCGUGACAACUUUGUUGCGCCCUUGCAGCUGUUUGUUCAAGUUAUUCAGGUGCUCUGUAACAUCCACCAUAAAUGCAAGGUCCUGCAUCCAUUCUGCGGAAUGAAAUUCUAACACUGGUUUGCCCUUUUCUUCCAUGAACUGUUCAAUUUCUUCUCGUAAAUCAAAGAAAUGCCUCAGCACAGCACCUCGGCUUAACCAUAUUACCUCAGUGUGGUAUGGCAGGCCAUAGAUGUGGUCUUUCUCUCUGAGAAGGCUGUCAAACUGACGGUGAUUCAGGCUUCUGGAUCGGAUGAAAUUAACAGUUUGGAUGACCACCUUCAUGACGUUAUCCAUCUUUAAUGACUUGCAACACAAAGCCUCCUGGUGCAAAAUACAGUGAAAAGUCAAAAAAUCACGUCCUCCAUUUGCAGAUUGCACUUUCUCUCUGAACUUUGUCACAACGCCUGCUUUUUUCCCGAUCAUUGAGGGCGCACCAUCUGUAGCCAGGCUGACAGCGCGGGACCAGUCCACUCCGACCCUGUCCAGCGCGCCGACGAGUGCGGUAAAAAUAUCAGCUGCUGUCGUUGUAUCUGUCAUCGGCACCAACUCCACAAACUCCUCAGUGACGGUCAAUGUGUCAUCAACUCCGCGGAUGAAAAAAUGGCCAGUUGUGCAACAUCUGUAAUGUCCGUGCUUUCAUCAAUUGCAACUGAAAACGCAAUAAAUGACUUUACUUUUUGCUUCAACUGGCUGUCCAAAUCCACUGAAAGAUCGGAAAUCCUGUCUGCAACUGUGUUUCUUGUCAGGCUGAUAUUUGCAAAAGCCUGCCGCUUUUCAGGGCACACAAUCUCCGCUGCCUUCAUCAUGCAUGUUUUUACAAAUUCACCCUCACUAAAUGGUUUUGAAGCCACUGCGAUUUCAUUAGCAAUGAGGUAGCUAGCUUUCACUGCAGCGUCACUGAUGUCUCGGCUGUGAGUAAACACAGACUGCUGUUUCUUCAGACCCGCCAACAGUUCAUUCACCUUCUCUCAUCUCCGCUGUCCUUGAAAGUUGUCAUAUUUGUCGGCAUGAAGACUCACAUAGUGGUGACGAAGGUUAUAUUCUUUCAGCACUGCAACAUGCUGUGAACACACCAAACAUACAGCUUUCCCAUUCAAUUCCGUGAUUAAAUAGGAUGACCAUUUUUCUUGGAACACUCUGCACUCUGCGUCCACUUUUCUCAUUUUUGACAGAGACAUAUUGGGGCAAUGAGGGUGCCAAAGCACAUAAUGUUAAAAGUAGAAGCCGUAAUAAAUAUCGAGGGCAAAACAAAGUAGCUCAUUGGCUGCACGUGCUUGACCUACUUGCUCUGCCCCGGUAUAAACAGUUUGCUUGCUUAACACAAUUGCUAUUGCGCCAUCCAGUGGACGCAAUUGGAACAGCAGUUUAUUUUAUUGAAAAAUUGCAGCGCAUUUUUAUACCAUACAAAUGUAUUUUUUUUUUUUUUUUUUUUUUUUUUUUAUCAUCUCGCGGGCCGGAUUAAACCCGUUUGCGGGCCUGAUCCGGCCCGCGGGCCGUACGUUUGACACCCCUGUCCUAGAGUGUGCAGCGUUCCUUUUCUUUUUCAAGUGUUUUACUCCGUUAGCCAGCACCUCGCCUAAAUAGGUGUGCGUUUCUUUCGCCUCUAUAGUAUUGUGGAGUAACUACAAUGUUGUUGAUCCAUCCUCAGUUUUCUCCUAUCACAGCCAUUAAUCUCAGUAAAACCGUUUUAAAGCCACCAUUGGCCUCAAUGUGAAAUCGCUGAGCGGUUUCCUUCCUCUACAGCAACUGAGUUAGGAAGGACACCUGUAUAUGUGUAGUGACUGGGUGUAUUGAUACACCAUCCAAAGUGUAAUGAAUAACUUCACAAUGCUUAAAGGGAUUUUCAAUGUCUGCUUUUUUUUUUUUUUUACCUUCUACCAAUAGGUGCCCUUCUUUGUGGUUGAAUCUGUGUUUGAUAUUCACUGCUCGACUAAAUUACCUUACAGAUAAUUGUAUGUGUGGGGCACAGAGAUGAGGUAGUCAUUCAAAAAUCAUGUUAAACAUUAUUAUUGCACACAGAGUGAGUCCAUGCAACUUAUAAUGUGACUUGUUAAGGACAUUUUUACUCCUGAACUUUAGGCUCGUCAUAACAAAGGGGUUGAAUACUUAUUGACUCAAGACUUUUCAGCUUUUCAUAAAAAAAUGUUAAAAACAUAAUUCCACUUUGACAAAAAAAACCUCAAUUUAAUCAAUUUUCUAUUCAGGCUGUAACACAACAAAAUGUGGAAAAAGUCAAGGGGUGUGAAUACUUUCUGAAGGCACUGUGCCUCGCUAGUCUGCUUUGGAAAGAACAAGCUAGCGAGCUAACUUGCUAGCUAGCUACAGUAACAGUAACCAGACUUAUAUAGGCUAUUGUUGACAAUAGGGACUGUGUUUCAACAGGCUCUGGAGUGGCAGGUCUGUCACCUCAAGAUAGAAUGAAGCUGAAGAUGCAGGAGAAAGCCAAGAAGAAAACCGCUGAGAAAUAUACUGUAGAACAACUACUGGAGAAGGUAGGUCACACACAAACACACACCAGACAUACUCUCUCUUUCUCCUGUUUCAGAUGGAGUCAGGAGUGUGUGGACAGUUUGGAGUUUGCCACACGCUGUACACUAACAUCUGUGUUGUGUUUCAGACGGAGGAGUGUAUGGACAGUUUGGAGUUUGAGAUGGCGGGGAGGUUCUGUCAGCGAGCACUAGAGGUGGAGCCUGACAACCUCCUUACCUUGGACCUGCUAGGACACAUCCACUCUGAACUGGGAGACACACAGAGGGCCAAGGAAAUAUCCUUCAGUGUCUGUGUGUAUGGUGUUUGGAUGCAUCUCUGUGUGCAUGUGUGUGUUCCUUAGCCCCAGCUCUAAGUGUUUCUGCGUGCGGUGCAGUUGAGUCCUGAUGAGGGUCAUAGUAAAUACAUGUCUCUAGGGCAGAUACACACAGGCCAGGAGGCUGUGCAAUACUACACCAAAGGAAUACAGAUACUACUGUGUAUGCUGGAGAAACACGCACAAGCGACAGUGAGUACACACACACACACUAAUUAUGGAUUUUGUUGAAUGCAUGUCUAACACAGAACACUAGGAGGAGCUGUUGCUUCAGUCUGAACACACACAUAAACUGACUGUCAUAAACUGGCAGCCAGAGAUGCUGAAUUCUUCUACCUCAACCAUCCCCCUGUCACCCCAGGCAGGCGCAGGAGCAGAGGCAGCAGCCUCCCCGCUCCACGACUCGGGGUCAGAGAUCCCGACAGCCAGAGAUGUGUGUGUGGCCUACUGUUCUGUGGCAGAGAUCUACUUCACUGACCUCUGGUAACACACAAAUCAAAUCAAUUAUAUAUACAUUUUUGUUUCCUGAAAGGCCUGUUGUGUAUUGAAUUCACAGAUUUGUGUGUGUGUAUGUGUGUAGUAUGGAGGAGAGUGCAGGAGAUCAGUGUCGACAGGCCAUAGAGAGAGCGCUGACCUAUCACCCUGACAACCCAGAGGCUCUACAGCUGAUGGCCAGCUACCUGUUCAGUACAGAGAAGAACCAGGUCAGUACACACACGGUAUGACUAUAAAUCAGAGGCAGUGUACGUCUCCUGCUAAGUUACCACCUUGUUAAAGCAUCGAUCAGAGUUAAUUAAUGUGAGAAAAUGGAAUCAUAUGCUAUUAAUCUGCUGAGCUAGGCACACACACACACACACGUUAAUCAGCUUAUGACAGAUAUUAAUGCAGAAUUAGUUAUGAAGCGGAUACAUUUGGGCACAGGGAUCACAUCUGACAAAGAGAGAAGGAGGAAAGAUGGGGAGAGGGAGCAAAAGAAAGAGAUAAGGGGAGAGAGAGAAAUGGUCUAUAACUGAACAAUCAGAGCCUUUUCCAUUUCCAUACAAUUGUACCAUAAUCUGCUAGUCCUAGCACUGCAAUGAGACAGGCCUCCAAUUCUUCAGAAAGCCUUAAUCUUUAGGGAGCAACAAUAACAGCUAGCUAGGGAUUUACUCCUCAUUUCAAAGAAGGGACGAGUUUUGGAAUACUGCAGCUCUUCUCAAGGUUACUUUUGUAAAUAUCUCCUCCAGCCAGCAGAUGGCACUGUGGCUCUAACCAAAUGGUGUUGAUUUGACAGUUCAGUGGAGCAGAUGUCUGAUUUUGUGUGUGUAGGAGGGGAGAGAGUACCUGAUGAGGAGUGUGGAUGUGUGGCUACCUGCCCUGAAACAGAGUGAAGCUCCACCCAGCAGAGAGGACAUAGAGGAGGAACACACACAGGUGAGAGACUAAACCCCCCCCCCCCCCCCCACACACACACACACACACACACAGGUGAGUCAGACAACCCAGAGAAUAAAAGUCAGAGGGCCAACUUAUCAUUCUGUGUGUGUGACUUUGUGUGUGUCUGUGUGAGAGAGACUCAGUGAGUGCAUGUGUGUCUAACUGGUGUUGUUCCCUUUCCAGAGUGACAUCCCACCGUAUGAAUCACGCAUCACCACGGCCAAACUCCUCGUAGAGGCAGAAGAGUACGAGGUAGGAGUAUGUGUGUGUAGGAUGAGUUUUCUCUGUGAAAAGGCCAGUGCUCUGUAUUCUUUACCCAGAGAGAGAGGUAGAUGGAGGGAGGAACGGCGAUGAGAGGAUGGAGGGCUUUAGAAAAGAUCUGGAGGGAUGAGGGAGGGAGAGGGGUAGAAAGGUUUGUGUGUGUGUCUGACACAUUGUUUGUCUUCAUCCUCAUGCAUGUGUCAGCAAGCCACACACACACACACUACAGACUCAGUGCAUCUAUUGAGGAAUCAGACACAAUUGAGUAGGAGGAGGAGAUGAGGAUGAUGAUUGCUGUGAGCCUGGAAACAUUCACCACCGAUAACAACAAGAUGGAAGCAGCAGAUAACUGGAGAACAGGAGAUGCAGGACAAGAUAACUCAGAGCUAGAAUAUCUGAGACUAUUUUAGUCUUCUAUUGUUAAUUUUUUUUUAUAAUUCUGUCUUCAGUUUCCACACAGCAGUGGUAAACCCAGAGGCAAGUCAUUAACAUCGCAGUUUUCAACUCUAAACAACACCAUUCUAACUCAUAAAUUAUCUAUUGACCAUGACCAGUUCUGUAUUGGUUGUUGAAGUCAAGGAGUAUUGGAAAGGAGGGAUAUUGACUGAUUAUUGAUAGUAAUCAUCAGAUUAGCUUAAUUGUGUAUUGAUGACUGUGUAAGCUGUCUUGUUGCUAUUUACGACCGUGUCUACAGAACACUUGGUUCUGAGACUAAUCAGACUCACUGAUCACAUCCAUUGAUUAAGGAGGCAGAGAGAGCGAGGUGUAUAUGUGUGACAGGAAACACCUCGCUCUCUCUGCCUCCACACACAUAACGAGCGACUCAGGCUAGGAGCAGGAUGUGCUUAAUGUAUAAUGAACAACGGAAAUUAUGGUUUGUGUGAGUUUUUUAUGAUUUCUCUCUCUCUCUCUCAGACAGCAGUAGAUGUGUUGGAGGGUCUACUAGAGGAGGAUGACGAGGUGGUGCAGGUGAGUCAUGAUGAUGAUGAUGAUGAUGGCAGUAAAAAAAAAUGUUUUGUUGUUGAAACAUCGACAUACAAAUGAUAACAUACAGAUGCACACAAUCAUCAACAUCACCCCUGCCCAGAUCCACCUGCUCACACCCCCAAUCUCCAGCACCCGCAUCACUCUCUGCCACAUGACCUCAGACUGCACCAUUUAGUUUCUCUCUGUCGCCCAAGCACUUUCAACAUUUAGAUAAUAAAGCAUUUGACCUUUCCAUUGUGUUAACGAUGAAGGAUUGGUUGAUUUCCAGUUUUAAGUAUCGUUUUUUCAAGAUGAUUGACGAGAAAAGUAUCGUCCAACCCAUCAGGUAUCUCACUGCACCCUCAUAUGCCAUGUCUUGAAAUAUACAGACAGACGGAUUAAAAUACAUUUACAUUGUAAUACUUCUGACAGACAACUUUCUAACUCUGCCCAUAACAUUUUGGACUUUACCAUUCCCAGAAGGCAUGGAUUAUUGAGUCAUUGUUAGUUUUACACUUAAGACAUGACUCUGCCGUUGUGAAGUAGAAUUUGUGGAUUUUGUCUCUUGUGUAAUAAAUUCUAUACAUUAGUUUAUACUGGAUUAAGCGUACAUUUUCGUUAACUGUCAAUUUGUUAGUUAUGUUCCAACAUUCCCUCCAUCUUGUGUCAAUAUCAGUUAUUUUUAAGUCUUGGUUCCAGUAUUUUUUUCUAAGAGAUUGUCAGUUGGAUAUGCUCUCUGUAAGGUUUUGCAUAUCUUAUCUAUCAUAUGAAUAUCCUUUUCUGACUCAAAUAGGAUUCCCUUAAGAUUGCUCUGAUGUCCAAAAGAUUUUGAAUAAAAAUGUGUUGAUAUGAAACUUUUAAUUUGCAUGUAUUUGAAAAUAUCUACAUUGGUCAGUCCAAAAUUCCUUUUUAAUUCUAUCAUGGUUUCUUUGCCUUUAGUUUUCCAUGUGGACCAAUUUAUCGGUGAAUUCUGAAAAGCUAUCCAAGGAUUGUUCCAUAGGGUUGUGUUUUUAGGGAGUGAUACGGUUCUUGUAGAAUAGGUUUCAUUUUGUUCCAUAUUGUUAUAGUGUUCUUAACUAUGAAGUUGUUCAUGUUUUUAGCUUUAUCCUUUGAAAAUAGACACAUGAAAAUAUUCUGGCACAGUUUUCUGUUGGUGAAGCGAGAAGGACACACACCUGCUUCUCUCUGCUUCAGAGCCAUAUUAGUAUUCUUUGCAAGAGGUGUGUGUGUGUGUGUGUGUGUGUGACGAUCUAACUGCAGUGUGCUCAUUCUUUCACACCCUCCCUCCUACACACCUCAGCUGACAGAUUGAGAGCAUUCACUUGGGUUCUGAACCUUUAAACUCAUUCAGGAGACACCUGUUCUAAGCAGUCACAAACACACACACAGUUUGAACUCUAUGAAUAUACAGUAGAGUUUUUGUUUUGUCAGCAGUGUUCUCGAGCACCAUCAGAAUAACCUGUAUAACACAACUGGAGAUGACGAUGACUCCUAGUCUAAACCCUCUAUCCACAGCUCAAACUGUAUUUGUGCUAACCAUUCUUUUUGAUGUCACCCACCUCGGUAACUCAUGCAUUGUUAAUGGACCCAAACAGCUGCCAGUAGUCAAGGUGGUGGUACCUAACUCCCUGUACAACAUUUUUGGCAAACUUAGAAUUCUGACUCUUUCUAAGUCUUUAUAUAGACCUUGUUAAAAACGAUUAAAGCUCUCUAGAACCAGAUGGUAUCUGUGACUGUUGCCUCGUCCAAGAGGACUGAUUGACACCUACCUACUGAACUGUAGGCUUAUCGUUAAGAGAGUGGGUGUUGUGAAUUCUGAGAAGUUUUUAAUUUGCUGGCUUGUUAAUUUGCUGAGACGAGUGGCGUGUGUGCUCGUGAAGAGUGUGUGUGUCUGUGUGUGUGCUUAGUUUAAUACAUCCAUAGUUUAAUACAUCCAUAAAUACUAGCAAAACAGACCAUAUUUCAUAAACACUUUCAAAGAGACUUGUUCUUUGAGGAAGCAAAGACGUUCUAAUUGAAGUGACACACAGGUCAGUGCCUGUAUUCAAAAGUUCGGAAACCGCAAUGCUCAACUUAAGUUACAGAGUUGUAGAUCAGGUCAUGAGAAGGAUGCUUCUUAUAAUUGUAUAAUCAUUCAAAAGGCAUAAAGUUAUGUUUAGCCUUCAAGCCUCUUGUCUGCAAUGAGUGUGUGCGUGCAUGCAUGUAAUGGGUCUACUGAUAGAGGUGGAGGUCUCUGUUGUUUUCUGCUGUAAAAUGAAUAAUAAAUGAGGGGAAUGUUAAUGUCCUGCUUCUGCAAGAAGUGUGGGUGGCUGAUCCUUGUCUUCAGAUGAGACACACACCCACACACACCCACACAUUUCUGAAGUACAAGUGUGCUAUGUGUUGUAGGUGGAGGGAUGGGGGUAAACUGUGUAGGGUGUAUUUAAUGUGGGUGUGUACAGUAUUGGUAUGAGGGAGAGGGAAUACAUCAGGUAGCUGAGAGGAGAGAUGGAAUGUGUGUAGCUGUGUUUUGUCCUUUAGUCUGUAAGUGGUGUGUGUGUGUGUGUGACAGCGCUGUCAGAUUGGCGCGUGGAGACGAAAGUUUGGGAAGACAAACUGCAGGAGCACAGGCCCAGCUCGUUACCAUAGUGGCAGCUCAUGAAGAUGCCGUGUGCAUUUCAAUCAGUGCCUCCGGUGCGCGUGCGUGUGUGUCUGUGUUAAGCCUGUUUGUCACAGUUCCAGGUACAGAUUUCACGCGGACUAGACAUCAGACAGUUAAAUGUGUUUCCCCUGUCACAGCUGAGCUCACUUAAUAAAACACACCUUUCUUUCUAUCUUCUCUCUCUCUCUCUCACAGGUGUGGUAUCUCUCAGGCUGGGUGUGUUACCUGCAGAUGGAGAGAGCGAAGGAGGAGAGAACAAGGGAGGAGAGAGAAGAGAGUGAUGAGGAGAGGGAGGAGUGUGAAGCGUUGAAGGAGGCAGCCAGAUCUUACCUGACCAAAGCCAAGAAGGUACACACACAAACACACUGACUUGUAUUGAUGUCAGUCUGUCUGGUCGAUAUUGUACUGUCAGCUUGUACAGUCAGCAAUACACACGUAUGAUACAGAGCUUCACUGCUGGCAGUGAUUCUGAAAUGUUAACCCUAUCUUAAUUGUUUUCUUACCUCAAGAGGAGCUAUGUGUCUGUCUUAGAAUUGUGUUACAAGCUAUACGGAGAGCCCUGUGAAGUAUACGAUUCAUGGAGUGUUUUUGUGGGUGUGGGUGUGGAUGUGUUUAACUAUACUUGUGGGGACCAGAAGUCCCCACAAGAAUAGUAAACAAUCAAAAAGGGUUUAGGGUUAAGGUUAGAAUUAGUUUUAGGGUUAGAAGCUAGGGUUAGUUUUAGGGUUAGGGUUAAGGUUAGGUUUUGGGGUUACGGUUAGGGUUAGGGAAAUAGGAUUUAGAAAUGGACUGAAUUGUGUGUCCCCAGAAGGUUAGUUAUACAAGACUGCAUGUGUGUUAGUGAUGCACAGGUCAGCUGUUUAUUCACUGUCCACAAUUGCUAAUAACCCAUCCGUAACCACCCAACUAUGUGAUAAAGUGAAAAUCUGAGGCCCGCAACCCGACCCUAACCCGCUAAUAUAGAAAAUACGCUGUACAGUCAGAUGCUGUAACGUUUUUUUGACGCCUAAUUUAGAUAGGCCUAUGUUUCUGCUUUCCGACAUUUUGUUAGGCUAUUUGUUACUCAUCUUGUCUAUAAUUAGAUACAUGCAGCUUCUCUUCUGUCAUUAUAUGUUGUCCUAGAAGACUAAAUAAACCCUUGCUCAACAGAAAAUAUGGAUGUAUACAUCAAUAGAAUGAAUGCUUCAAUCCAGUUGACAUCGAUAAAGUUAUUUCAUCUCUACUUCUCUCGCGCAGCAAUAACAAAAAAAACGAGAACGAUUUUCCAUGCAAAAUUUACAAAUUAAAUCAAUUUGACCCGUUUUAAGGGAGUUAAAAGCUGUGAAAACGACCCAACAUGUUUCUGUUAAGAUUUCAGUUUGGCUUGGAUGCAUAUUUUAUGUGUUUGAAAUACUAUCAGCUUUUUCGAUGCUGAUAAAGAUAGCACCUUUACAGACGGUCCCUAACCGCGCAUUCAUUCUCACAAGAUGCUGAAAUAAAUAAAUCGUAUUUCUCCACUGCUCUUUCCGAGUCAAAAUUUACAUUUGGUGUAUAAUUUUACUGCAAGAACUGCUUAAUUCUGCAGGAGUUAAUAUUAAGACUAUGUGAGAGGUUAUAGACCCACAGUUAGUGUCCAGAUUUCAGUUACUAUUCCAUUUAACCCAUCUGAACAGUACAGUUCCCAUGCAUUACUUUUCUGGUCCUCCCUUCUCUUUAUUUUAAACUCUCCAUUUCGCAGCUUUUCUCUUAUUGAAUUAUACUCCGACAGUGUCCUUUUUGCCUCAGCGGACUGACGUUAACUUUUUCUGCCAAUUUUCCCAAAAGCAUUUGGCAAUUGCCGUGUAUUUGGCGCCUGCACAGUUAGGCCCCGAAGCUUAGGCUUAUUCACUGAUGUCAGAUACAAAUAAUGGAAGAAUAACCCCAAUAUAACCUAUAGCUAUGAAUUGCACAAGAUUUAUACAUUUAUAAAUCCCGCCACCCACCCACCCUUAAUACACACAAUAUUUAAUGGCCAUAAACCCGCCCACCCUGUGGAUAUAACCACGGGGACUGCGGGUUUGUAUCAACCCACGCAUAACUAGUGUGUGUGUGUGUGUGUGUGUGUGUGUGUGUGUGUGUGAGAGUCUUCCCUCGUAACAGACCAGUGUUUGUGAGCGUGGUGUAAAUUAUUAAAGUGUUCAGUCUCAGAGUUAGUCAGAAACCCUGAACAUGUUAAUGAGGCCUAGAACCCACUGGCUUGUUUAGAUACAAGUCCACUUCUAGCAUACUUACAGUGAGGGAAAAAAGUAUUUGAUCCCCUGCUGAUUUUGUAUGUUUGCCCACUGACAAAGACAUGAUCAGUCUAUAAUUUUAAUGGUAGGUUUAUUUGAACAGUGAGAGACAGAAUAACAACAACAAAAAUCCAGAAAAAUGCAUGUCAAAAAUGUUAUAAAUUGAUUUGCAUUUUAAUGAGGGAAAUAAGUAUCUGACCGCUCUGCAAAACUUGACUUAGUACAUGGUGGCAAAACCCUUGUUGGCAAGCACAGAGGUCAGACGUUUCUUGUAGUUGGCCACCAGGUUUGCACACAUCUCAGGAGCGAUUUUGUUCCACUCCUCUUUGCAGAUCUUCUCCAAGUCAUUAAGAUUUCGAGCCUGACGUUUGGCAACUCGAACCUUCAGCUCCCUCCACAGAUUUUCUAUGGGAUUAAGGUCUGGAGACUGGCUAGGCCACUCCAGGACCUUAAUGGGCUUUUUCUUGAGCCACUCCUUUGUUUUGGGUCAUUGUCAUGCUGGAAUACCCAUCCACGACCCAUUUUCAAUGCCCUGGCUGAGGGAAGGAGGUUCUCAACCAAGAUUUGACGGUACAUGGCCCCGUCCAUCGUCCCUUUGAUGCGGUGAAGAUGUCCUGUCCCCUUAGCAGAAAAACACCCCCAAAGCAUAAUGUUUCCACCUCCAUGUUUGACGGUGGGGAUGGUGUUCUUGGGGUCAUAGGUAGCAUUCCUCCUCCUCCAAACACUGCGAGUUGAGUUGAUGCCAAAGAGCUCAAUUUUGGUCUCAUCUGACCACAACACUUUCACCCAGUUCUCCUCUGAAUCAUUCAGAUGUUCAUUGGCAAACUUCAGACGGGCCUGUAUAUGUGCUUUCUUGAGCAGGGGGACCUUGCGGGUGCUGCAGGAUUUCAGUCCUUCACGGCGUAGUGUGUUACCAAUUGUUUUCUUGGUGACUAUGGUCCCAGCUGCCUUGAGAUCAUUGACAAGAUCCUCCCGUGUAGUUCUGGGCUGAUUCCUCACCGUUCUCAUGAUCAUUGCAACUCCAUGAGGUGAGAUCUUGCAUGGAGCCCCAGGCCGAGGGAGAUUGACAGUUAUUUUGUGUUUCUUCCAUUUGCGAAUAAUCGCACCAACUGUUGUCACCUUCUCACGAAGCUGCUUGGCGAUGGUCUUGUAGCCCAUUCCAGCCUUGUGUAGGUCUACAAUCUUGUCCCUGACAUCCUUGGAGAGCUCUUUGGUCUUGGCCAUGGUGGAGAGUUUGGAAUCUGAUUGAUUGAUUGCUUCUGUGGACAGGUGUCUUUUAUACAGGUAACAAGCUGAGAUUAGGAGCACUCCCUUUAAGAGUGUGCUCCUAAUCUCAGCUCGUUACCUGUAUAAAAGACACCUGGGAGCCAGAAAUCUUUCUGAUUGAGAGGGGGUCAAAUACUUAUUUCCCUCAUUAAAAUGCAAAUCAAUUUAUAACAUUUUUGACAUGUGUUUUUCUGGAUUUUUGUUGUUGUUAUUCUGUCUCUCACUGUUCAAAUAAACCUACCAUUAAAAAUUAUAGACUGAUCAUUUCUUUGUCAGUGGGCAAACGUACAAAAUCAGCAGGGGAUCAAAUACUUUUUUCCCUCACUAAUUAUGUUAGCACUGUUUGUGUGAGUGUGCAUAUUUAAUUACAUUUGUGCAUGUGUGUGCCUGUGUAUGUGUCUGUGCACAUUUGAUUAUGUUCGUUAGAAAUAUCUCCAUUAUUCAUUUCCGCUCUGAUGAAUGUGCUUCGCCACAUUACUUCUAUAGAGACAGACCCUGUUUCUCUUCUGCUCCCUCUCAUGGAAGGUUACAGGGGGGGUUGGAUGAUGGUUGAAGGAUGGUUGGAUGAUGGUUGACCUUGACACCCCUCCAACCAUCUCUCAACUCUCCAAUUCUCCUCCAUCAUUAACCUUAACCUUUCUUCACCCUUCCCUCAACCAUACAUCAACCACCCUGAGAGGAGAGAAGAGGAGCUGUAAACUCAUAGCCCCUUAUAAAGCCAUAAAUAGCUGUAUGCAGUUGUAAUGUUUGUCACAGGACACAGGCAUGAUUGACACACAUACACACACACACACACACACACACACACACACACGUAGUGGUAGCCGGCACUUGGCGUAAAAUAUAUAUAUUUUUAAUAAAACUGUCCGGGAGAAGAAAAAUAAUCCUUGGCAAAAUAUUGCUUUUUGGAAAUACCAGUCAAUUUGACCACUAAUGCUUAUCGGUCUAUAGAUUUAUUUGCAUAAUUUAGUGGAAUUAAAUUGGCGCGUGUGUACUUUUGUUAGUCGUUAUGUUUAUCACAUGCUCACAGCAUACAGAUACAGAGCCUAUGAGAGGAAGAUCUGUCAGACAGUGUGAGAGCUACUGCUACAGCUUCUCAAACAGCUCAUUAGCUGCUGCUGGAGUGAAACGUGCUUUUAUAAGACCAAUCAUUACGUAACAAUUCUAAAUCAAGAUUUAAAAAGAGCUAGGCCUACUAUUUAUAUUUCUCAACUGGUAGGCCUUAUUGAAGCGCGCUUCCCAUUCGCCAUUCAAGUGCAUGUAGGCAACGUUAGGCAGGCUUCAGCGCGUCACACAUCACUUUGCAAUGACCUGGAAGCAGUAUGCAUUUUGAAAACAUACUUAAUUGUUUGAAACCUGAACAGUUUACUUCAUAUGAUGAGGCAUGUCUUCCCUUGCUUCAAAGUAAAAUCUGACUGUAGAAACAUGGAGGCAAUUAUUCUAUAAAGACUUCGAUAUGCAAUUGAAGCCAGUAGCCUAUUUCUCUCAUGUUCUAUUGGUUUUCAAAUUAACUUUCUUUCAUUGUCCAGUAGCCAAAGGCACAAUCAUAGUAAUAUUAGCAACCCAUGGUAGUUGUUGCAUCUUUAGAUCUCCCCUCUUUCUACAUUUCUAAUGGAUAUCUUUUUCAUCUCUGUCACAUGAAACCACUCGCAUGUGCUUUUGACAACAGUGUCUUACCGCUAAUUGAAUUAUGGAACGAACAUUUGCGCGUAGCCUUGUGCGGAUUGCUACGCUUAUAAUGUGAAGAAUUAAUAGUUUAUCAACGUUCUGAUCUGUUGCAUCAGCCUCAUUGCUUAUACAUUUUUUUAUGUAGCCUAGGCCUACUGGUUGUAUGAAUUUGGGAUAUAUUGUCCCACAACUGUCUGUUUGGAAUAGGCUAUUUCUUUCUCAACAAGCUGACCAAUAGAAUAGGUAAACCUUUCUACUAGGCUAGUGAUUUUGCUGUUCGUUACUCGUCUUGUUGGCUGAGGAAAAGUUAAUGUGGCAGUUAUUCUAACAUCUUCAAAUUGCGCAUCGGAAUUCGGUAAGAAGGACGCACACCGUUGCAUCCUUGACUUGCAUGUUCUGAAUAACCGUAAUCUAAAUGUGAGUUAUGUCAUUUUGAGCACCGUGGGUGGAAGCCCUAAUCAGGUUACGCACCCAAUGCAUAUAGGUCUGGUAAAUUUCUCAAAUGUCCGUUAAAUUAAAAUGCUGCCGGUCAAAUGUCCGGUGCCACAUUUUCCUAAUGGAAACCCUGACACACACACACACACACUAUUAACACUUCACCACUCCUGGAGUUCACUCACGCUUUUCAGCCACAGCAUUAACAUUACAUCACACACAUACCCUCCAACCCAUCCAUACCCUAAGGGAUCUCCUCUAGCUCAUCAAAGAGUAAAACGCUUGACCUCCUCUUGCUCCUUCCCACACACUCAUUUACACACAUACACACACUCUUUUACUCCACACACAUAAUGCUGCCUCUCUCUGUGAUGUUGUUACGAUUGAUUUCACCUCCUCUGCUGUUAACCAUACCCCACCAUCCCUCAGCCCUCUACUCCCCUACACUCCACCUCUCACAUCAUUCCCUACCCUGCUCUCCUCCUCUCCUGAGAGAGUGUGUGGGGGUGUGUGUUCUAGGUUGGAGUUUGAGCAGUGAUCUGUCACACAGACAGGAAGGUCACUUGUGGAGCAGAGAGAGAAGGCGGGGGGCGAGAAAGAUGGUGAAGAAAGAUGGAUAAAGAAAGUGUGGGUCAGGAGGAAAAGAGAGAGGGUGAAGGAUGAAGGGAGUGGAGACACAGCAGGAGAGAGUUGUGGGAAGUUUGAGAGGGGGGAUUGUGAUUUAGAGGGAGGUGAGGAGAAAGUCCUUGAUCUCUAUUAGAUUCACCCAAAGAAGGAAAGAGAGAAAUUAAGUCUGUCUCUUUCUUUCUAUCAUUCAUUUUGCAUCAAGGGCACAUCGACUCUUGCUUUCACAAUUUCUGCUGUGAUUUUUUUAAUGAGAUAUGUGCCAUUUAUUGUAUGUACAAAUACACUUGGUCAACCUGAACCUCAAGGAAAGAGGUAGGGAUCUGGAUAGUGAGGGGAGGGAGAGAAAGAGGAAGGAGGGGAGAGAGGGUGAGAUAAUUUAAGGGUUAAUUUCCCUCCUCUCUCUUCACAGGUCAAAACCCUCACCCCCUGUCACAAUGACUUAGGAAAGACGCGUCAUUGGGAGUGAAUGUGUGGUGUGUGCCCAUUUUUGUGUGUGUGUGUGUGGCAGUGGCCAGAUGUGCCUCAGAGACUCCAGGCUUUGAGGGAAAGCUUCUUGGAUUAGACCAGAGAAUCUGCUGACCCGUGAUACACACACACACACACACAGACCAGCCAACCUGUGAAAGAGAAAGACACAAACACACUCUCACACAUACACACCACACAGAGCAGCCAACCUGUGAAAGAAGGGAGGAAAACUUGCAGCACUCUAAAUGAGAAAUGUGUUUAAUUGAUUGUGUGGCUUUGCUGAGCUCAGCACUCUUCUCUAUAAUGUAUACCACUGUUUAUUUAACUAACGGCUAUCACAAUGAAAAAUGAUACUCUCCUGGCAGAUGCGUUCCUUUUUCUAAAUGAGCAUUCCAUAAACAUCACAGCUUAUGUUGAAUAAGUACAUUUUAUCGAUAUAUCAUGCUACUCAAGUGAUCAGCUUGAAAAUGAAGAACAUCCACUGUCUCCAAAUGAGCUCCUAGGGGGCCAAGCGUCCUCAGUCAUGGUCUACUGCCUGGUGACUGUUCCUGAGGCGACACCAACGCGUGCACGUACGCACACACACAAACUAUUUUGGCCGGGUUACACUGUCAGUGUGAAGGUGAUCUGUUUCUGAUGCUGUUUGUACUUUGUGUGUGUGUGUGCGCGUGCAUGCGAUGAUACAGAAUAAUGCAGUUCAGCCCAGAUUCCCAGACCUGCUUAUCUCCCUCACUAGAGGAGAAGUGGUUUGGAGCAAAAGGAAUGAAUCUGUGUGUGUUGUGAUUGCUGUAGUGUGUGUGAUGGUGGGUUCCGUUCUGUUAUCAGUCCAGUGCUUCCACUCAGGCAGAGAGAGUAUUAUACGGCGGGAAAUCUACUGGUCCCCUCUACAAUAGGCUUUUAUAAUGGUCCCGCUUCACAGCGCAUUUCACUGAGAUAACAACAGCAAUACUGUGUAUGUGAGAGAGAGCAGAGAAAAAUCCUAUCCUUGUUCAGCUGAGCCCAAUACAUCAGGAAAGAGGCAUUUGGUAGCAGUUUUCACAUUAAGUCCUGGUGGAAACGUGCAUGUAUGUAACAAACUGUGUGUCUCUCUCCAGCUGUACGUGAAGUUGCGCUGUGACGACGGGCCCAUACUGGAGCACAUGGAGCAGCUCCUGGGGGAACUGGGGGGGGAGACGGAGGGGGAGGAGGGGGAGACAGACCCUGCCCUGGACGAAGACUUUGAGCCCAACAGUGACGAUGAGGAAGAGGACGCCAUGGAACAUUGA